ACGCCUGAAUGUUGUGUCUGCUGGGAAGAUGGCGGACUCAGUAGCGACUGGUCUUGCGGACGAAAACGAGACUGAAAAUGAGGAUAAGGAGAGGGAGAAACGACUCUUCAGCGGCGUCCAAAAGACGGAGAAAGCCGCUGCGUCAGACCUUACAGAAACUCUGGGAUUUUACGAGAGGAAGGCGAAAUGCAAAGAGAGAAAGAGCAAUGUGUCAGAUCUCUCUCUUGUAAGGUUUAUUAGUGCUGAGUUGACUAGAGGAUAUUUUCUGGAACAUAAUGAGGCCAAAUACACUGAGCGGAGAGAGAAGGUCUAUACCUGCCUGCGUAUUCCAAAAGAACUGGAGAAGCUGAUGAUGUUUGGGUUUUUCCUGUGUCUGGAUGUGUUUCUGUACGUGUUCACUCUGCUGCCCCUCAGAGUGCUGCUGGCCCUGAUCAGACUGCUGACACUGCCCUGCUGCGGCCUCAGUGGGUCUCGUAUCUUGCAGCCUGCUCAGGUGUGUGAUGUUCUGAAGGGUUUCAUCAUGGUUCUGUGUUAUUUCAUGAUGCAUUAUGUGGAUUACUCCAUGAUGUACCACCUGAUCCGGGGUCAGUCUGUCAUAAAACUCUACAUCAUCUACAACAUGCUGGAGGUGGCAGAUCGCUUGUUUUCAUCUUUCGGUCAGGAUAUUCUGGAUGCUUUGUACUGGACUGCCACUGAACCUAAAGAAAGAAAAAGAGCUCAUAUAGGAGUCAUCCCACAUUUCUUCAUGGCUGUUCUCUACGUCUUUCUACAUGCCAUUCUGAUUAUGGUUCAGGCCACUACUCUGAACGUGGCUUUCAAUUCACACAACAAGUCACUGCUCACCAUUAUGAUGUCUAAUAAUUUUGUUGAGAUCAAAGGAAGCGUAUUCAAGAAAUUUGAGAAAAACAACCUCUUCCAAAUGUCCAACAGUGACAUUAAAGAAAGAUUUACAAACUACACACUCUUACUAAUCGUCUGUCUCAGAAACAUGGAGCAGUUCUCCUGGAAUCCAGAUCAUCUAUGGGUAUUGUUUCCUGAUGUUUGUAUGGUGAUUGCCUCAGAGAUUGCAGUGGAUGUUGUCAAACAUGCCUUCAUCACAAAGUUUAAUGACAUUACAGCAGAUGUCUAUAGUGAAUACAGAGCGAGCUUGGCAUUUGAUCUGGUCAGCAGCAGACAGAAGAAUGCAUACACAGACUACAGUGACAGUGUGUCCAGGAGGAUGGGCUUCAUUCCUCUUCCUCUUGCUCUAUUGUUGAUCCGGGUGGUGACCAGCUCAGUGAAGAUCCAGGGCUCUCUGUCCAUUGUUUGUGUUGUGCUCUUCUACCUGGGUAUGAUCACCCUGAAGGUGCUGAACAGUAUUGUGUUGUUGGGGAAAUCCUGUAUGUAUGUGAAAGAGGCAAAUAUGGAGGAGAAGCUGUUUCAAAAUCCCCCCUCUGCAGCUCCCAGCAGAGUGUCCAGCAGAGCCCACCGUACCAAACACACACGCGAGCCACCAGGUGAGCCAGCGGAGGAGGGCAUGUCUGCAUCGGUCACCACUCAACCCACCCAAAGGGAUGAAUGUCCCGCCCCUCAGAUCCCCACCAGCGAAUCAGAUCAGUUCCUCACUACACCAGAUGAAUCAGAAGAGAAAAGCCUUAUUCAGGACGAUACUGAACUUAAACACAGGGCGCCCAAAAAAGACUUGUUGGAGAUUGACCGCUUUACUAUCUGCGGUAACCGUAUCGACUGACAUUAACGCGCACCCUUAAGUUUAAGAGUGUUGCCAGGUAUGCACUGAAAUGCCCGCCCUCUCUGCCAGCUUGAUUUGUUUGACAUUUGAACCUGAGCUCGUUGGAAUGGGACAGCGAGAAACUGCAGGAUAUUUAUUAAUAAGUGAUGCACUUAAUUUAUUUAAGACUUAAACACACUUAUACACAGACAAUCAGACAAACACACACCGUUUUAACCAAUUGGAAUGACCCAGUGACAUUUCCACGCUUUCAAGAUCACCAGCGAAGGUCACCUUUGGACGGCAGGGAACAUCUUGGUCUGAUGGUCAUUGUACUUACCUUUUAAAGGGGCCAUCCAAUUAAGAAAAUGAGAGAAAGGGAUGGAUUAUAUUCUUAAAUUACAUACUCAGAAGAUUCCAUACAUUUGUGGAAAAAAUAGUAAAUGAUUCAAAUAAUCAAAAAAUGUAAUAUACAGUGCUCCAAAACAAAUGUCAAAAAUUCUUGUUUUUUUUGCUUCAUUCAUAAUUUCUCUAUUUAAAAAUGUCCCUUUCCCUCAAAAGGCUUUUAGUUUUGAAAUAUUAUCAUGUUCAUGAAAUGUAAUUACAGAUGUGUUCCGCAGAUUUUUUUUUUAUCUUUGAGUGAAAGCAGACAGCAGGCUAAAACACCUAUUACUAUUUUAUUUAUUUAUAUUUUUAAGAGAGUUGCUAAUUUCAGUUUAAAUGCAGGGUUUCCAGUGACAAAAAAUAGUGUGUUUUUCAUCGGUAAUGACCUUUUAAAAGGAUAUUGUGAUACUGUGAUGAAACGCUUGCUUGUGAUAUGUGGAUUGAUUGAAGUGCUCUGUAAGUCAGCAUCUGAAUGAAAGAAUCAUAGAUUUUUACAAGACAGUCGCAUGGAAUCAGAAAACUGAAGUACAGUAGCAUAAUGUGAUUUGCCAGCUAGAAUGAAGGAUUUAAAAUUUUUCCUUUUAAGGAUGGAUGGAAUUUUUAUUUAUUUAUUUUUUUUCUGCAAGCUCUUAUUGUGCAUCUUAUUGUACCAAGAGUAGCAUAUCAGAUGAACAGUCGUACAUUGGUGCUGAUGUUCGGAGCAGAUGCUAAAUAGUCAAUUACCAACAUUCCAAAAGUCAGAAUCUUGACCAAAGCAAAGUUGAAUAUACAACUUUUUGCUAAUAUCUUGAGUGUAUUGAAAAAAGGCCUGUUGACCCCAAAUAAACAGUUUUAACAAGUCAAUAUCAGAAUCCAGUAAUGUAAGCUAACAACAGUGAGCUUCAUAAUAACCAACUUAUCAGUUAACUGUGUCAUUUGUGAAAGACCAUGAUUAGUAAUAAUGCAUCAUGAAUAGUGCUUAUAGAUAGGCUUGGGUAUCAUUUGAAUUUUAUCAAUUUCAAUUCCGAUUCAUAUUCUUAUUAUCGAUUCCCAUUUUCGAUUCCAAUGUGGUUUAAAAAAAAUUGUCACACAUUUAGAUAUCAAACGUAUUUAUUUAGUGUCUCUUUUUGAAAAACAUUUAAUUGCUGAUGAAUACCAUGAAUAAAAAUCAGCCGGCUACAUAUAAACUGGACUCGAUUAAAGAGUUUUUUUGUGUGCAAACUAGAGCUGCACGAUUCUGGAUAAAUUGAGACUUUUUAUUUAUUUAUUUUUUUUAAAAUGGAGGAUGUAGUUCUCACAAUUCUGAAGAAAAAAUAUUAGACAACUAAACAAAAUCUCAUGGAAUUUUUGAAUGGAAUGAUUUAGUGACUCACUCAAGAUUUACUUGUUUCAUUAGUGGAUAAAUCAGUGUUUUUGAGUGAAUCUGUUGAAUGAAUGAUUCAAAGACAAAUACAUUUUUAACAGCCGCUUUUCGCUCGCUAAAAAUAAAAGAUGCCCACAUUCUGGAAUUGGAAUUGAUUUUCGAUUCCCAACCCUACUUAUAGAUUCAUUAGAGUGCUUUUUCAUCAUAAAAAAUAAUAUUUUAUACAUUUUCUUUGCAUAACAGACCACACUGUCUUAAAAAGUAUUUUUUUGUGAUGUUUCUUAGUAGUACAGGAGGUUAGAAUAAAUUUUUUUUUUUUCGCAAUGACAACAUUUUUUGUAUUUCUGUUUAUUUUUUUAUUUUCAUUUUUGAUUUUGGAAUUUGUAUUUCUUGUAUUACAAAUGUGUGGCUGUAAUUGCUUUGCUUUGUAAUAUCGUUAAGGUGGCAUUCAAUCUGACAAUUUACAUUCAAGUCAGCAUGUCGACAAUCGUCAUAAGGCUGUCAUUCAGGUGCUCAGUUUCAGAUUUAAUUUAUCGUUUAGAAAUUUAUUAAGUAAAAAUAUCAACUAUGCCAAGGAAUUGUUUACCCUCAGUUAUCAAACUAAUGCAAACUCUGAAUCACACUUUUCAAAACCUCUUCACUUGACUUAAACUGCCAAAAUGAUAUCAAAGAGCAUUUCUUAUUGUUUUUGCAUUUGAAACACUGUUGUUAGAAAUACUUCUGCUUAUUUUUGAAAGAAAGAGACCAUUAUAAGCAAAUGUUUGGUUUUGUUGUGGUUUUCAAUGUAACUGCCUGUGCAUUCCCAUAGAUUCAGUCACCUUUGGACUCUUAAAAUGAGGCUAAAGCUUGACUGUACUGGAUAUGAAUCAGUACUCAACAGGAUGAUUUUACUUGACAGAUCCUUUCUAAUUCAUACUUAAAUCCAUCUAUUUGGAAAUACCAAAAAAGAAAAAAAAAAGAUCUGACCAUUCAAGUUCUAUCCAUACUGCUGCUGUUUCUCAUUGGUCAAUAUCAGUUUGUUGUUUUCAGUGUGUUUUAGUACCCAGAUCAGCUUCAGCAUCCAAGGUUCUUACAAACUUUUUUUUUCCUGUAGAAACUGAAGAGGAAAGACGAUGUCAAGUCCCUUGUAUGGGAUGUUUCAGAGACAGAAUUGGGGAGAGGAAUCAGGGCGUUGUGUUAAUUAAAGUUUUGUUGUUUUGUACAUUUGUUGUUGUUGUUGUUUGUUUACAGUGGAUCCCUAAUAUACAUUUUCAUUUAGUGUUUCAUAAGACACCAGAUGUUAAUUUGUAUAAUGUUCCAGUGCUCACCCCCCUAAAAUUAUAAAAACACGAUUAUUAACUACAAUAUUAUAUCAUAUAGUUUCACACUUUUGAUAUAUAUAUAUAUAUAUAUAUAAAGUGUCAUAUACUAUUCAUACAAUAACAUAAAUAUUAAUAUACAAAUAAACUUGUAAAAUACUGUAUAUGUCAAAUCAACCGAAUUUCAAAAAC